GGUAUGUCGUGUCCACUCAUCAGCCAUGUAAAUAAAUAACCUUAUGACUACAUUCAUUUGGACUUUUGAUCAAUUCUUAGCUAAGUAUAGGGGAUAUUGAAUAUAUCUUAUCUUCUCUUCUCAGUCGGUUUUUUUGCUCUUUCUACUUUUAUCUGUUGAUCGACGGUCAGAAAUUAGCUGCAUGAAGCUUCACAUUGAUUUUCUACGUCGAAAACACGAAAAUCGAAGCUCAAGUCACCUCCUGCGUGCCCACGACUGGCUAAAUUGUAGGUCACAAUGGUGUUGAAAUAUUUCCAUCGUCUAAUCGACGAGGUUGGCCUCAUUACUCUCUACAAAUCGUCCCUCGAUACCAAGCUCCUAUGUCUUCAGCGCUUCAUUCGAAUGUUCGCAUAUGCUACAGCGACCCUAAUUCUCGUGGAAUUCCUCUCCACACUUGACAUCUCCAAGACGAAGAUAGGGCUUUUUAUGACCUUGACAUUGAUCGGCGAUACAUUAAUUAGCUUCGUUCUUACACUAUUCGCAGAUGCGCUGGGAAGGAAGUCCAUCUUGGCGGUGGGGUCGGGGCUAAUGAUGGGAAGCGGCAUUGUUUUUGCGCUUUGUGAGAACUACUGGGUCCUGCUUGCUGCUGCGGUUCUGGGCGUUAUUAGUCCCAGGUGUGUACUCCUCUUGUCCACUCUACUUACCAUUCAGAAAUGCUGAUAUGAUAUAUCUCAAGUGGAAAUGAAAUCGGCCCAUUUCGAGCAAUUGAAGAGUCAACUCUCGCACAACUUACUGCUGCAUCCAAUCGGAGUGACAUAUAUGCAUGGUAUUCUUUGAUAGGAACAGCCGGGCAGGCGUGCGGAUUUAUUGCUUCUGGUUGGGUCAUUAAUUAUCUUCGGAAUGAGCUGGCCUGGACGAAUAUAUUUAUAUACCGAGCUGUAUUUUGGAGCUAUACCAUAUUUGGAUUCAUCAAGUUCCUACUCUCGGUGGCACUUAGCCAAGCUGUCGAGGCUGAGAAGAAAGAUGAGUCUAUUAAUGAUCCAGAAACUGCCCCUUUGCUUGGUGAUGGAAUGGGCGAGGCGGUAACUAAAAAGAAAGGCUAUUUUGCCUCGAAGCUGCCCAACAUAAGUCAGGAGAGCAAAUUUCUUGUAUUAAAUCUUUGUCUCAUUUUUGGCCUUGAUUCUUUUGCAUCAGGCCUCAUACCUCUGUAAGUAUUAUUUAUUCUUACGCUCGCUUCGUCAAACUAAUGAGAUUAUCACAGCUCAUGGGUGACUUAUUUUUUUCACGAAAAAUUCGGCAUCGAGGAAGGGCAAUUAGGGUCUCUCUUUUCCAUCACGAGUAUCAUAUCAGCUGGAUCCAUGCUAGUCGCGUCGUCUCUAGCAAAACGUUUUGGAAACGUUAAGGUAUAUUCUUCUAAUUGCCCUCAUAGUGCACACCCUUCUAACAUAAAGUUUCCCAACAGACAAUGGCAUUCACACAUCUCCCCUCGUCUAUCUUUCUCUCUUUGAUCCCUCUUCCUUCUAAUCUGCCGUUAGCAAUAACCUUUCUCAUCCUCCGACACUCCACCUCUAGUAUGGAUGUAGCACCACGUUCAGCUUUUCUCGCAGCGGUAGUCCAUCCACACGAACGCACUGCAGUUAUGGGUCUGUUAAAUGUAGUGAAGACAUUUGCACAAAGUCUUAGCCCCGUAAUCACGGGUGUGUUGGCUGGAAGGAACCUCUUCUGGGUUGUAUUUGUUUGCGCAGGGGCGCUCAAAGCUACUUAUGAUUUAUCAUUGCUGGCAUUUUUUGGAAAGCACAAGACUCAUGAAGAUUUAGCAGAGGAGGAGAGGAGAGCGCUAGAAGUAGAAGCAAGAGCAGCUGUAGAGAGAAAUUCAGAGGCCGAGUCAUAGAUGGGGCAUUUACGGGAGAGAUGAGAGAUGAGAGAUGAGUUAGAAAAGAAACAUACGACAUUGAAUAUUGUGUUGCUUUGGCAUACCAAUUUCAAGAACUUAGAUUGAUAAAUCAUUUCAACAACUUGGCAGCCUGACACUCCCUGCUCAAAAUGCA